GCGGGCGGGCAGCGCCGCUAAUCCCGGCGCCACACGGCAGCAGGUCUGCGCUGGGAAUGCCGCUCCGCCGAGCGAGGAAGGUCACUAUCACAUGACAAAGGCUUUGAGACAGCUUCAUCUUCGCCUGUCUGUAGUUUCCACUUGCCUUCCUGGACUCCAAACCGUGACAAAGCGGAGCAAGUUAAGCCAAGCUACUGUGUGCCAAGCUACAGUUUGAAUUGAAAAGUCCUCUUCAAGGUUGUUGAAUGAUGAUCCUUGGGCAUCUUUACUGGUUUCAGUCACAGUAAUGAAAGGCAGUAGUAGGAAUAAGGAUCAUUCGACAGAAGGAGAAGGAACUGGGAAACGACCAAAAAGAAAGUGUCUUCAGUGGCAUCCCCUGCUUGCCAAGAAACUCCUUGACUUUUCUGAAGAGGAGGAGGAAGAAGAGGAGGAGGAAGAUAUUGAUAAGGUGCCACUCCUUGGCGCUGAUGGUUUAGAGCAGGAUGCUGAUGAAACUGAAGACGACGAGUCCUCAGAGCAACGAGCUCGCCGACCAAUGAAUGCAUUUCUCUUGUUCUGCAAACGCCAUCGCUCUCUGGUGCGGAAAGAACACCCUCGCCUCGAUAACCGUGGCGCAACCAAGAUCUUGGCAGAUUGGUGGGCUGUUCUAGAUCCAAAAGAGAAGCAGAAAUACACUGACAUGGCCAAGGAGUACAAGGAUGCAUUUAUGAAGGCAAAUCCAGGGUACAAGUGGUGCCCCACAACAAACAAACCUGUGAAAACCCAGACAUCCACUGUUACAAGCAGGAAGAAGCUGUGGGCCUUCCCUUCAGACUCUGCAAAAGAUAUACCAAGCCCGAGGAAAGUGACAAAAAGUGAAGAAAUGCCACAGCUUAACUUUGGGAUGGCAGAUCCUACACAAAUGGGAGGCCUGAGUAUGCUGCUUUUAGCUGGGGAACAUGCCCUGACUGCACAAGAGGUUUCCUCAAAUACUUGCCAAUCUGAUGCGACUGAUUCUACGGAAGUGUGUCAGAAGUCAUCGUUGUUUCAGUUUGCAGAGAUCUCUUCAAGCACAUCACAGCCAGGAGUUCCAGGAGCUGUAAAACAAACGGAAGAGUCUGCAUUAUUUCAGUUUGCUGAGAUUUCAUCAAAUACUUCCCAGCUGUCAAGUCCUGAGCCAGUAAAGCACUGUGGGAAGUCGGCACUCUUCCAGUUGGCAGAGAUUUCUUCAAGUACAUCCCAUUCAGGUCCUGAUUUAACAAAGCAGUGUGGAACAUCAGCAUUAUUUCAACUGGCAGAGAUGUGCCUUGCUUCAGAAGGGGUAAAAGUGAAAGAACCUGGGAAAAUAAAAGUGGAAGUAUCAGAAGAUGUGACAAGGGAAGUUCCUGAAAUGGAAGUGGAAGAACUGGAGAAGACAACAAUAAAAGACUCCUGUACAAGAAAAAUGGAACAAUCAGAGACAUUGAAAAACUGGGAUGAGACAAAAGCUGAGGAAUUAGAAACUGUAAAAUGCAGUGAUUUUACUAGUCUUCUAAAGGAUAGCAAUCCUUUUGAGAGAAAUGAUAACACAAAGGAUUAUGUGUGCCGUUCUCCAGAGCUUUCAUUAGCUGAAAUGAGUAUCCUUGGGCUAGGCAAGCCAGAAAAGUUGAAGAAGAAGAAGAAGAAAAAUAAGUUGGACCGGCACACGAAUGAAAAAUCCACCCCUAAAAAGCCUUGUAAAAAGAGGCAGUCCUCCGAGUCGGACAUUGAGAGUGUAAUGUAUACAAUUGAAGCUGUUGCAAAAGGAGAUUGGGGUGCUGAGAGACUUGAAGAAACUCCACGCAAAAAAGCCCGCCCAUCCUCAAAUGUGAAGGGAAGCAUGUUGGAUACAAAAUCACCAAAGAAAAAAGUGAAAUCUAAAGAGAAGAAGACAUCAAAGGAGAAACCCAUGGAGACCACCAAAGAAUCGAAGCCUCCUGAUUUCCUUAGUAUUACAGCCAACAAGGAAGUACCCUGUGAGGCUUCUGAUAGCAUUAAAGUGGAACCACUGACCCCAACAGAGGAGGUGGUGCCCCAGAGCUUACCAGAACAGGUCAAAACAGAGGACAGUGACUGUGUUAAAAAAAUAGAAACCUGUGGCUCCAGGAAAUCAGAGAGAUCUUGCAAAGGUGCUCUUUAUAAAACUCUGGUGUCAGAGGGCAUGCUUACGUCUCUGCGUGCUAACGUGGACAGAGGAAAAAGAAGCUCAGGAAAAGGCAACUCCUCAGAUCAUGAAGGAUGCUGGAAUGAAGAAAACUGGGCUUUUUCCCAAAGUGGGACAAGCGGGAACAAAAAACUGAAAAGGCCUAAGCCAAAGGAAGAAUUUGUUUUUGGCUUAGCAAAGUUGGAAGAAGAAUUUGAAAAGAAAUUCAACAGCCUCCCUCAAUACAGUCCUAUUACCUUUGACAGGAAAAAUUCAUCUGUUCCAAGGAAAAAGAGAAAGGUUGGAAGCGGCUCAUCUGAACAACCAAAAUCCAACAAAGCCAUACUCUCAGAAGACAGAAAUCCCAUUGAGCUUGCCUGGAGGAAUAAAAUUUGUUUAUCUGCCCUAAACACUCCAGAGCCAGCGAUGAUGCAUGAGCCUUUAGUUGGAAGCCAGAAAAGGAAAGCGAGGAAAACUAAGAUCACUCAUCUUGUUCGAACAGCAGAUGGUCGCGUGUCACCAGCAGGAGGGACACUGGAGGAAAAGCCAAAAGAUCUUCCACAGAGCAGUCUUCAAAAAGCGUCAAGUGCAGAAAUGGAUUGCAACAGUGAAUGCUCCGGAAAUGCAGAGACACAAGAAAAUCAUAGUAUUACAUCAGAUAUGCCAGCAGUGUCUGCAUUUUUUAGCUUAGCUGCUCUGGCAGAGGUAGCAGCAAUGGAAAAUGUACACAGAAAUCAGAGGGCCACACCUCUCCCACAUGAUGGACAGCCAAAUGAAAUGUCUCAGGCUCCAGUGCUUAUUUCCUGCGCUGACCAGUGAAGCUCCACAUUAUUGUAAAACAUUGUGCUUUACCUAAUAUCCUAGCCUUGUCUUUACCAAGGGAAGCUAGUCAGUCCAUGUGAUGGAAACUAUAGACUGCAAGCAAGUGCUUAUUGCUCUGAGUGGCCCAGAAUUCACUGGAAGCCAGACAUUAGCAACUUGGGCCAGGUCUUCAAAUCGGAACCCAGUAUGUAGGAGGGUGAUAUUAUUUGUCUAUUAAUGAACAGGAAUGGAAUGAUCCCAGAGCUUGCUUUCUAUUGAAGGCUUUUAAACAGUAAAUAGGUGGUUGAUAUGAAGAAGGCUGCCUUUACUGUUAGUUCACACAGCAUCUCUUUUACCAACCAGAGAGUAUGGCAACUAGUUUCAUACAAUGCCUAGUUAAAUGAAAAUGAAAAAAUCAACAACAACAAAAACACUGACGCACUGCACUAGUUACUAUUAGAUAUUCUUAGUCAUUUUUGUACAUGAAGAUUUAAGUUCUAAGAUGGUUUAUAUUAAUAGGUUAUGCCUACGUUUAUAUUGUAGAAUGAAUAUAAAACCUGUUCCAGAGAACUCAAGGCAGCCUGGACAGAUGUACCAUUGUUAGCGGUGUUUGGGCAGCCACGUGGUCCAGAUGUUCUGCACUUUUAUAUUUGCCACCAGAGUGGUAGAGUUUACUGGCAAAAAUUCUGACAGGCUAUGUUUGGGUUUUGUUUCUUUUUAAUUUAGCUUUGAAUAACCAGGAUGAUGUGCAUUAGAAAAAGGAGUGGUGUAUGGAAAAGAAAAAUACUGCAGAGAAUUGACUUGUCUUUAAUGCCUUGGAAGGUUCCUUUAUUUUUGCAUAGAUACCUGAGUGACUUGGUGAAACUUUCCUGUAAACAAAAAGUACUGCGAAUAUGUUUUUCAAAAGUGACCUUAGUAUUAUUUCACCAUUCUGAAAGACCUAAAAGCAUGACUUUUCAAUAUACAUGUACUCUGAUAAGCAUACCUUUUACAUUUUAAAGACACUGGCAUUGUUGUAGUUACUAUGCACAGACGGCUUCAGAGUUUGUAUAAAGGGCCAAUUACAGUUUGUGUUGGUCAAGGGGAAAGUUUUAUGCAGAUAAACUACAACUGAAGAGUAAUGUUUGACUGAAUUCAGACUACCACAGAUCCACCUGCCAGCUUCUAUCUUUGCUUAUGCUGAAUUUUUGUGGUUUGCUCUCAUAAAUGCAUCCCAAAAGCCAGGCCAAUUGUAUCACUUGGCCUGCUGUCUUCACUAUUUCGACUUACACUAUUGUAUAACCAAGCAUUGAUUCCUACCAACAGAUGCAAAAUGAUCACUAGUAAUUAAACUAAAGCUACAAAUUCAACAGGGUACUUCUUCAAUAGCACAAGAUGUUUCCCUAAUUUUUGCAUUGUAGCACAACAAUUUACCAAAUUGGACUCCAGCAAUAAUUUUAUAUUAGUCUUCGUCAUACUGGCUGAAUUUUUGAUAGUAUUAGAUUGAGUUUGAAGUUCUUUGAAUUAAGUCUUUAAAUGAUGCGAGUUUACAUCAUUCUAUCAGGCAUUCUUAUUUAUACUUGACUGAAUUGAUAAUAUGUUUUGGGGUUAUUUUGUAACUAAUUUGAUGUAAUAGCCAUAUGGACAGUAACUCUAUUAAUGCUUGCUAGGUUUAGCCUUUCAUUGUUGUAGCUAAGUGAAAGUCUUUGGUUCAUUGUGGGGAAACAGUAUACCAAGAUACCACGAGAGUUGUAACAAAGGGUUAAAGGUUUGACUAGGGUAGACAGCUUGGAAAGUCUCACUAAAACAGCACCAUCAAAGAUGCAUGUGUUGGAAGAAGGGAACAACUACAAAAGAACAACAAAAUUUCAGAGCCGAUGAGUCAGUGAAAAGGCUUUUUUAAAAAUUCAGGUGAAUAUAUGACUAAGAGCCCCUCAAAUGCCAUUGUAGCCUAUGGCAGUAUUUUUUAAUAAGAUUUUAUUAAAGUUUUAUAAGUUAUUUUAACAAGACAGGAAAAGCUAAAGACUUUAAACUGUUGGGUCACAGCAAGGUGGCUGUUGGAGUUUUGGACCACUUUAUAAUUAGCUGAAAUCCAAAUAUGUUACAGUGCAGGCCGUUCACCUUGACAAUGGUACUAACUUAUUUCUCUAGAAACCUUUAGAGUAGAUAUAUUUUUGUCAAAGCACCCCAUCCUUCCUCAAUUUAAAUUUCAAUAUUGUUCCUGAAGAUAUUUCUGUAUAUUAAUGGUACCUUUUUUAAAAGAAACAGAAAAUUACUUUUUUCUAUAUGAAUUAAUAUCUUACUUGAUCUGCUUUUCCUUGACUUUCCCUUAGAGAGGGGGUAGGGUUGGGUCAGUUUACUGGAUAUGACUGUUUUCAGAUACUUAUAAACCUUUUUGUAGAUAUGCUUAAUUUUUAAGCGAUUAGGCACUGAGAGUAGCAGAAAUCCUGCAAAGCUUUAUAGUUCACUAGGCAUUUGCCUUUGUUGGUUCUCUGAGUGACGUCUUGAUUUCAGUAGCUAGAGUUUUCCCUGAAUCUACUAGAAGGGGUAUCAGUAUUUUCAGGUAACAAAGUCUGUUAGCACAACAAAAAUUUCAGACCAAUAUCUUACUGUAUUGGGGUUGGGUUUUGUUUUUUUUUUUUUUUUUCCUUGUUUGUUUUGUUUUAAUUUUUAUUAAUUUCAGCUGCUUUUGUUUUGAAAAAAAUCAUAUUGCUAUUGUGUGUACUUCAGUAUACCAGCAAACACUGUUACCUGUUAACACAUUGUCCACAAAUGCCUCUAGAAAAGAAAUUGUUGCACCUUAUGUAUAUCUCAAGCAAACCAAAAUAUGAUGCUUUUCUGCUUUGUUUAUUCUGAAUAUGUUGUAUCAUACUUUACUGAACCCAUUUUAACUUAGCUAAAGCUAUCAAUAUUUAUGCAUUUCACAUUAUUUUCUGGAUCUGAACCUGUGUAUAAAUCUUUCUUUAAAAAAAAAAAAAAAAAAAAAAAAAAAAAAAAGCAAUUACCUUAGUUGUUCUCUAUCACUUAUCCAUGGGAGUGGGGGAAUCGCAUCUCAAGUGUAAAAUGCAGUACUGUUUCCUUGGCUUUUAUUUAUUUAGUGAUCUUGGGUAUUUCAUAUAUAGUUUUGAGGUAUACGGAAUAUAUUGUUGUAGCCAAAGCUACAGAUGUAAGCAGCUGGGAGGAAAAUACUGUAAUGUCUUCUUAAUUAUUCUAGUACUGUAUGCAAAUAUGGGAAGAACGUUCUGCAGAACAUUUGAGAUGCAGAUUCUUAUCCCCACAGUAGGUUAUUUUCCAGAUAUUAGACCAAAUCGAUGAAAAACAUCCGUGGAGAUCACUUAUUGCUCUGCUUACGGCAGUAACUACCCCUUGAAUGUGCUGUGAUUUCAGAAAUAGAGUAUAUUUAUUUAAGAUGACUGAAUGCUCUUUUAUACUAAUACAGUAUCCCAAAGUCAUGAGCAAAAGGUUUCUUGUUGAUUUGGAUUUCUCUUUUAUAGCAUUGGUGCAUGACUUUUGAAAUUAACGUGGUAAGCCUUGUUGUUGGAAAAGGGCGCAGGAACAAGGGAUAGACGGAAGCGUGUGAAUCAGUGUUCAAAUUCCAUCCUCGUGCUUUACUGUUUGGGUGAGAUCUACUUUUGUAGUGUAAGGCUGAAGAGCACUCUGCAGUCUGCACCAAGCAGAAACCCAAGAGAGUUGUAACUUGCAUCAGAACGAGGGAAUGCCUUAUAGUUUGGAUGCUGUCAUUUGGAACAGGAUAUUAAAUUGGAGCAAUUUAAUUCCGUUGCCUGUUAGCUAUUGUAUGGGUACUGGAACAGACUGAAGGCACGGGACAGCUGAGAGAGGUUAAAAGGAAAGCUGGCCUUUGUUCUCAGUAUGGUGAAGGUGUGGCAACAAAGAGGAGUUAGGUAAAAAGAUAUGUAUGUGUGCGUGUGUGUGUACAUUCUGGAAAAAAAAAACCUGUAGGAAAGACAAAAACAUAAUGGGUGUACAAGAUCUUGUAAUGUAUUUUGGUCCUUUGAGUGCACUUCCUUUUUUUGAAUGCUGAGUCUAAUAUGGCUACCUCUCCUAAAAGACUACUUUUGUUAUCUUCCAUUUGCUUUCAGGCUUGAUCGUUUAAUCUUUUCAGCCAUUGAUACCAUUUGUACAUCGCUGUACGCUUUACUUCCCAACAGCAACAUUCAUCUGACAACAUCAGGCUGAAUAUACAGUGGUAGCCAAACUGUGUUGCUGGAGCAUUUUUUGUUGAACCUCUGCCAUAAUCACAGGAGUUGCGGAUAUAGGCCCAGUAGAACGGGUUGUGUAAGAGCAGGAAUGGCUGUGCUCAUCAGGUGGUGGACUUCAGAUACUCCCAGUGGUCAUGCAGUAAGCCAAAUGCUGUUCUUGACAUUUAUUCUGGAGUUUACAUUUGCAAGGAAACAUAACUGUGCAACUUUUGUGUUGUAUACCAUACAUUAGACACUGUUUGUUUGCCAUGCUUGUUUUCUAGAUUGUAGAGCUCUACUUCUAGAUUGUAGGUAUCUUUGCCCUGUUUUGUACUAUCUGUGGCAUUCUUCUUACCUUGUACAUAGUAUGAAACUAUCAUCUAAAGCUGCCAGAACAUUGAGUCAUUUUCAGGACACUGAGAGAUGAGAAUGAGUGCAUUUAGGCUGUGAAAGAGUUUUGGUUUUUUUUUGCCUCCUCUCCUGAAUUUCCCAAUAAAAAGGCACAGAGAGAUUUAUUCUCUCACCUAACUGCUAUUAUAGUCUUUUAUAUACUCAGUAUUUUCUACUGAAUUGACAACUUCGAAGGAGCUUAUGAAGUGGAUGCAUGUUUUAUGUUCCCCCACUGAUUCUUCUGAGGCAGACAUCUAGGAAGGACUGACUUGAGAUCUCCACUCAGCAACACACCUGAGCUUCUGCCUAAAACCAUCCUUAUUUGAGGGGCAGCAUUGUAGUUUGCAGUGUGACUGUGCAGGAGCCCUGAUUAGGGGCUACUGUGCCCCUAGAAUUGAGUUUUGGCUUUUGUGAUGCUUCUGAAGGAGGCAUGUUAUUUUGACCUAGGGCCUUCAUUGACACAGAGUUUUAAAAACAAAUGCAAAUACCUUAAUGUUUGUUGAGUUCUUCCUAAGAAUUAUGUUGUAAUUUCUGGGUCUUGAUCGUUAACUUAUGCCAACAGACCCACAUUGUACUCUACUGG